AUGUCGGAAAUGCCCAUCGCCGAUUGGCAGGGCCUUGCUGCCUCGAAGAGAGAAGCCAAUUUCAAGAAGAUACCGGAGAAAUGGAGGCUAUCUGAGUCAUUAACAUCGCAGUUUGCUGAAACAUCCGCUAUCUCUGUGAUCGAUGUGCCAGCCACGUGUGGUCUGUUGACGCCCCGUGAACUUGACCUUACCUCCAAUCACGAUGCGACUGCACUGGUUGAGCUGAUGACGAGUGGGAAGGCAACGAGCGUUGAGGUCACCACUGCCUUUUGCAAGAGAGCGGCAAUUGCGCAACAAUGUGUCAACUGUCUCACAGAAAUCUUCUUCGAGGAAGCCAUAGCAAGAGCAAGGGAAUGCGAUGACUAUCUCAGGAAGAAUGGUCGGCCCAUGGGCCCACUACAUGGCCUUCCUAUCAGUCUAAAGGAUUCCUUCAACGUCAGAGGCACACAAGCCACAAUCGGCUACAUCUCUUUCCUAUCACGGCCACCAGCAACCUCGGACUCUAAUCUUGUCACUCUAUUAUCCGAUAAUGGAGCAGUAUACUACUGCAAAACCAAUCUCCCGCAAACCAUGAUGACCGCCGACUCUCACAACAACGUCUUCGGGCGCACGCUGAACCCUCACAAUCUCUCCUUGACAGCUGGCGGCUCCACAGGUGGCGAAGGCGCCCUCCUCGCCAUGCGUGGUUCAGUCCUAGGCCUAGCGACCGACGUAGCUGGCUCAUGCCGGAUCCCAGCGCUAUGCUGCGGCCUUACCAGCUUCAAGCCAAGUGCAGGAAGAGUUCCCUUUGGAGGCGGUGUACCUCCCGGACGCCUGGGCAGCCCCGGCUCUAUAAUCCCGGUAAUCGGACCCAUUGGCCAUUCGAUCCGCGAUGCUGAGCUCACCAUGCGGACAAUCUGCAACAGCAACACCUGGGUUUUCGACGAGAACGUCUUGGGCGUGCCGUGGCGCAGUGUCCAGCUUCCCACUCGGCCCCUCCGCUUCGGUCUCAUCCGCGGGAUCCCCAAGAGGCCGCUGCACCCUCCCAUCGCGCGAGGGCUGCAUUCUUGCACUACCAAGCUGAAAAGCAAAGGUCACCAGAUUAUCCUGCUGGACGAUAAAGUGCCCGACAUAUGGGACUCCGCAAUCCUGGCCUGGAAGUUCUUCCUGCUCGAUCCAAGGAAGACGCCGAUGUCGUACCUGCAGCAAGCGGGCGAGCCAUUGGUACCUAGCAUAGGCAGAACCAUGGUGAAGGAGCUCCGCGAGUUCGAGCCAAGCUUAGAUGGGCUGUGGGAUAUGAACCUCGAGCGGUUCAAGAUUCUGCAUGCGUGGCAUAAAGUGAUGGUGGAGAAUGAGCUGGAUGCGGUGCUGAUGCCGGGGAAUUCGGCAACAGCGGUCGCGCAUGAUACGUAUGGGUUGACCCCGUUUACCGUUUUACAAAAUCUGCUGAAUUACCCAUCGGGCAUUUUACCGCAUUUAAGGGCUGAGGAGGAACUGGAUCGACAGUUCUUCAAGCGAGAUGCUGCUUAUGAACCACCAUAUGAACCGAAGACUUUCGAAGGUCUACCAGCGCAUGUACAGGUAAUGGGUAAGCCAAUGCAAGAUGAAGAAUUGAUGGAGAUAUUGAGAGUCGUGGAGAAGACUUUAGCAGAAUGAAGAAGGAACAUCACAAUUCUGACUAGAAAGGGUUAUAUGGUGGAAGUUCAGUGAUAAGCUUGACGAGAAAUGAUCAUGUGUGCAGUCUUUUGUCCUCAUUAUCGUAUAAGUUCACUUGCUUUUUCCUCCUCGCUGGUAAGACGCCGAAGCUUUGGAAGUUGACAUGCGAAAGCAACGCCUGGAAGCACCAGAGAUGUGAACAAGCAUGGUAUUGCCGACCUUAAGAUCUAACACAGCACCCAAACCUUUUUGU